CCCCCCCACCCCACGCCCCCACUACCCACCACUCCGCCCUCCUCACACAGUCUCACCCUGUCUCUCACUCUCACUCACUCUCUCUCUCUCUCUCUUCCUAUAGAUAGAUACACAUACACAUACACAUAUUACCCACUUUCUUUUAGAGAUAUAUUUGGUGAAAAGGGUUCUAUUUCUGGAACCUCCGCUAUAAAUAGGGGAGGAUCUUUGCGGUAACAUAAUUUACUCAACUCUCCGAAGCUAAAGCUAGCUAGCUGCUAGCUCUACGAAGCACCCUCGCCGCCCCCCUCCCACCCUCUUCUCCGUACAAUUUAUAUAUACACACACAUACACAAACAUGAAUUUGAGACUAGGGUGUAUAUAAAUAGGCAGCCCAGGGCGCUGCCCAGAGGCUUCUAGAGAGAGGGGGGGGGAUUUUAAUGGUGAGAGAAUCAUCAUCAUCAUCAUCAGUAGACUUGAGAGCUGGUGGAGAUAUGGUAACGAAGCCUGCAUGGCUACAAGGCCUAAUGGCUGAGACAUUCUUUGCUGCCUGUGGGGUCCAUGAAAAUCGGAGAAAGAAUGAGAAGAACAUCUACUGCUUGGAUUGCUGCCAAAGCUUUUGCCCUCACUGCCUCUCUUCUCACCACUCUCAUCCCCUCCUUCAGGUUAGAAGAUAUGUCUACCACGAUGUUGUUCGAUUGGACGACCUCGAGAAGCUCAUUGACUGUUCCUACAUCCAGCCCUACACCAUAAACAGUGCGAAGGUGAUAUUCUUGAACCAGAGGGCACAGUCCAGAUCCUGCAAGGGCUCAGCCAACAUCUGCUUCACUUGUGACCGGAUCCUCCAGGAGCCAUUCCACUUCUGCUCUCUUUCCUGCAAGGUCGAUUACAUGGUGUAUCAAGGGCAAGAUUUAUCUGGAAUCCUGCACCGGUUCAGCGAAUCGGACUUCUCCCUGUCUCAGUUCGAGGGGCUGCGCAUGGACGGCCCGGAGCUUGUCGACGACGACGGCCAGAUCAGUACUCCGAGCUCAAUUCUGGAAGACCCGUUGCAGUUCAGAGCCAUGACGUCGUGCUCCGACGACGCCAUGGGCAGCUCUGGAAUUCCGCGAGGCGAUUCCGAGAGGAAGAAGAAGAAGAAAGGGAGCGGUUUCCUGCCCGCGGGGAUCGUCCUCUCGCUGAGCAGCCGGAGAAAGGGAGCGCCCCACCGGUCUCCUCUUUCAUAAUACAAUUCCAGUAGCCGUAGCUGUAGUGGUGCUGUUGCUAAGAUUGCUCAUGCUUUAUGUUUAUGUAUGCUCUCAUGUAAUAUGUGUAUGUGAUGGCGUGGGUGAUGUUGGUUUUUUCUCGCGGUGGUUUGAUUUUAUUAUUAUGGGUU